AUGAUUUCAACAAUCGGCACAACAGCAAUACAAACAACUACAGCACCAAACUCGUUAGUCAUGAAUCCAACAUCUAUGUUAGUAGAGAUGAAAAGCUUCAUUCCUUCUUCAUAUACUUUUGAAACAGAAAUCCAGAAGAUAAAGCAAGAACUUUUAACAAGUAAUUUAGACUGUAGUGCGAAAGAUGAAACAAAUGAACAGUAUCUUUAUGAAAUGCAGGACAUUAUUGACCAUUUACCUAAACUACCUGAAAUCCAACAACAAAAACUCACUAUUCCUGAAUUCGACGAAAUUGAAGUGAAACCAACUGACUCAGUAGAAAUAAAGAAGUUCAUUCGUAAGGUAAACUAUGAGUUUCUAGGAUUUCAUUGCAACCAUAAGGUUAUGGACAAAGAUUGCGACAUGGUAUAUAAGAAUGUUUCUGACAUAUAUAAAUCUGAAGAAUUUAAGACCUACGACAACUUUGUUUC